UUCAUCAUUCAGCUGCUGAUUUUUGGUUGGACUUGAGCCUGUACUGUACUGAAAUUAGAGCUGUUUCACACAUGAUGAUACGGUUGUGUGUAAGCUGGCUGGUUUUUCUGUUGGGAGUGCAGCUUGUUUUGGCUCAGCUGGGCAAACUUGACGAUGCUGCUGAUGAUGAUGUUGAUUUAGAAGACAAGAGAAAUGGAAGAAACAAAAAUAAACCAAUCACCUCUAAUGUCAUCCCAAAUAACAAUGAUGUGGACUGUAAUUUGGAACUGGCAUUUUUGGUGGACAGUUCAGAAAGCGCCAAAGACAACCAUGCUCAAGAGAAGCAUUUUGUUACUGAUCUCGUUAGCCGGAUCCGAAACAUCCGUCUCCAAACUGGACAGGGCUUGAAAUUCAGAACUGCUCUCCUUCAGUACAGCAGUCAUGUGAUCAUCGAACAGUCCCUCAAAGAUUGGAGGGGUGUGCCCACCUUCCAGGAUCACAUCGGGCCCAUGCCUUACAUAGGGCAUGGUACCUACACCACCUACGCCAUCACCAACCUCACACGCAUUUACCUGGAGGAGUCUGGCCCUGACAGCGUGAAGGUGGCCAUUCUGCUGUACGACGGCGAGUCGCAUCCCAAGAAUCCCGAUAUCUUCUCUGCUUUAGCUGAUGCUAAGAACCAAGGGAUUAAAUUCUUCACAGUGGGUUUCACAUCCGCUGCCAAUGUGGAACAGCUGCGGCUCCUGGCCAGUCCUCCGGCCGCCCGCUACGUACAUAACCUACAGGACAAGGGCGUCGUGGACAAGAUCGUCAAAGAGAUUAAUCCCGAUAUCUUCUCUGCUUUAGCUGAUGCUAAGAACCAAGGGAUUAAAUUCUUCACAGUGGGUUUCACAUCCGCUGCCAAUGUGGAACAGCUGCGGCUCCUGGCCAGUCCUCCGGCCGCCCGCUACGUACAUAACCUACAGGACAAGGGCGUCGUGGACAAGAUCGUCAAAGAGAUUACUGAGGUGGCUAAUGAAGUGUGCCCUCUUUCCCCAAAAUGCACUUGUGAGAAAGGAGAGCGAGGACCCAGCGGACCACCUGGUAAAAAGGGUCGUCCUGGAGAAGAUGGUAGUCCAGGAACUAAAGGACAAAAGGGAGAGAGCGGAUUCAGCGGUCCUCCUGGACGAGACGGGACAGAGGGGAAACCUGGAUACAAAGGAGAAAAGGGUAAAAAGGGUCGUCCUGGAGAAGAUGGUAGUCCAGGAACUAAAGGACAAAAGGGAGAGAGCGGAUUCAGCGGUCCUCCUGGACGAGACGGGACAGAGGGGAAACCUGGAUACAAAGGAGAAAAGGGCGAGAGAGGUUUUCCCGGACCGCCAGGAAUACAAGGCGAGACUGGCUUUGGGCUUCCUGGACCAAAGGGUGAUGUGGGGUUUCAGGGCAGAAUGGGUCCUCCCGGGCCUCCUGGGCUUGGCGAGCCGGGCCAACCGGGGCCACAGGGGCCGCAGGGUUUGCCAGGAGAGAAGGGCCCUCCAGGAGAGGGUUUACCAGGACCAAAGGGUGAGAGGGGUCUGGAGGGGCAGAGAGGACCCAGAGGACCAGUAGGUCCUGGCAUUAGAGGAGACAAGGGUGAUAUUGGUCCUCCUGGUCUUCAAGGACCAGUGGGGCUUCCUGGAGCAGGGAUCCAAGGAGAGAAGGGUGUGGAAGGACCACGUGGACCCCCGGGAAGCAGAGGCCCAUUGGGUGAGGGCUACUCUGGACCAAAGGGUGAUCAAGGUUUACCAGGUGAGAUCGGUGCACCGGGAGAGAGAGGAGCAGGAGAACCGGGAGCUAAACUACAAUUGGGUGAUAUUGGCUUCAGAGGUUUACCGGGCCCACCUGGACCUCCAGGGGAAGGACUACAAGGACCACCUGGCAACAUGGGAAGACCAGGACCUCCUGGACCGACUGGGCCACCAGGACAAGGCCUACAGGGUCCAAAGGGUGAUCAGGGGUCACAGGGUAUGAGUGGGCCAAGAGGACCUCCUGGAGAAGGAAUGCCCGGGUCAAAGGGGGAUCGUGGAGGUCAGGGUGAGAGGGGGAUGAAGGCGGUUAAAGGUGAUAUGGGAGAUCCUGGCAUUCCUGGACAAACAGGUAGACCAGGAAUCAAAGGAGAAUCUGGACUAACGAGGGACGAGAUAAUCCGAAUGAUCCGGGAGAUUUGUGGCUGUGGAGUCAAGUGUAAAGAGCGUCCCAUGGAGCUGGUGUUUGUGAUUGACAGCUCUGAAAGCGUCGGGCCUGAAAACUUUGAGAUCAUCAAAGACUUUGUGGCCGCUCUAGUCGACAGACUCACCAUAGGCCGUAAUGCCACCCGAGUCGGUCUCGUUUUGUACAGCUUAGAGGUCCAGCUUGAAUUCAACCUCGCUCGCUACAUGACCAAACAAGAUGUCAAACAAGCGAUACGCAGGGUUCACUACAUCGGCGAGGGAACAUACACCGGCUCUGCCAUCCGCAAAGCAACUCAAGAAGCAUUUUACAGUGCAAGGACUGGGGUGAGGAAGGUUGCCAUUGUCAUCACAGACGGACAAACAGAUAAACGGGAGCCUGUGAAGCUGGAAAUCGCUGUCAGGGAGGCGCAUGCAGCCAACAUUGAGAUGUACGCUCUGGGGAUUGUUAACAUUAGUGAUCCCACACAGGAAGAGUUUCUCCAGGAGCUCAAUCUCAUUGCGUCGGACCCUGACAGUGAGCACAUGUUCUACAUAGACCACUUCAACACCUUGCCAGCUCUGGAGUCCAAACUGGUCAAUCAGCUCUGUGAGGAUGAAAAUGGAGCACUUAUCUUCAGUCGCAUUAAUGGUUUUGAAAAUGGAUAUGGUAUUAAUGGCAACCGCAUCAAUGGUAAUGGCAGGUACAGUUAUGGCACAAAUGUAAAUGAAGUCCACAGAGAGAACACGGGAACACACUCGGGGAUGAACACUGUCACUCAUGAGAGCGGCAGAGGAGGCACGUUUGCUCCAACAGCUGGUCCAGACAUUAAUGAGGAGGUUAAACGUGCACCUGAGACACCAGACACAAACACUUCAGAGCAGAGCAGCGGUAGAGGAGAUACUCCAACAGUCACUGGGACAUCCACACACAGCAGACCUUCAUCAGGGACAACAUCAUCAUCAUCAACGUCAACAACUGUGAACACGUCAACCUCAGUGCGAUAUAUACCAGCACCACGUCCACCAUUACCUAAAGAAGUUGUAUCUCUGGACCCCCGUUGUGAGCUGCUCCUGGAUCAGGGCCCUUGUCGGGACUAUAAAAUCCGCUGGUACUACGACCGGCAGGCCAACGCCUGCGCUCAGUUCUGGUACGGAGGCUGUGACGGGAACCGUAACCGCUUUGACACAGAAGAAGAGUGCAAAAAGACAUGUGUUGCUGUGAGAGCAGGAGGCUGAUAUCCAUUACGGAUACUUUUCCCUUUGUCUGUAAUUCCUCACACUCCAAUACGAUGGACCUGCACUGAAAUACACAAAGUAUAUGAAAAAUUGGUUGGACAGGAGAUUUCAUUGAGAGUAGCUAGUUGAUGAAGCACAGUACUUUUCAUAUCACAACCUGCAGAACUGUGAAGAAGCAAUACUGUAAUAUUGUACACUCAUAGUUACACAACAUUCUUGAAUUGGCAUUAAUGUAAUAAAUGAAAUGUAAUCUUGAUUUUGAGAACUAAUGUUGUCAGUA